UAUCAAUUCGUUUUUCAUGUUUUUUUAUUGAGACAUCACAUGUAAAAUUCUUGGUUCCGCCUUUGGUAUUCGUCGGACCCGCACAAAUACAUUAGUUUCAACACAUAUAAUGCCACCUUUGUCGGCUUUAAUAGUCUCAGUGUGACGUCCUGUCCCUAAUUUCUUUUUGCAGUCGGUCGUCUUCUAUUGAAUUUAUUAUGCAGUCGUAACUACGAGAUUCGGAACUAUUAAUAUCAAUAUGUAUCUAGUACGAAUUGUAUCAACUACUAAAUCUAAAUCUACUUACCCCACGAGGACCCUUCAUCAAGGUUUUUAGCUCAAUCUCCCAUCCUUUCUGCUCACGACCCACGAACCCGCACCGUGGCAGAUUGAAGGACACGACAAUUGGGUCUGGUACGAGGCUGCCCUUGUGCCAUUCUCGCACCGGCCUCUAGCAUCUGUCAACUUAUCCUCAAGAAUCAGAUAUAUUCUUCCGAAGUCGGACCCGAAGAUCAAGCAGUCGGAACAAAAUCUACCUAUUCGUUCGGACGAACGAAACAUCAUGGGCAGUGUAUACGAAAUUCUCUCGUUCCUGGGGAAUGAGAUCUUGUUUUGGCUAGCGAUCUUCCAGAUCCUGGUUUUCGUGGCAGAGAAGGUGAAGGGAAAGUUCGUACUUGGGGGAAACGAUAAGAAAACCACUUCCAUUACGGCUAAGUGUAACUCUCUAUGAUAUUUAUAUAGUUAUUUAUUUUUGCAAGAAGUCAACAUGUCUCACUGUUUCCUUCGUAGGUAGGAUUGUGAGAAGAUGGGAGCAAGCAUUGAAAUGCUUUAAGCUCUAACUCUAACGGUGACCUGAGUGGUGCAGACGCAAAGGAGCAGACUUCUACC